CUCUCGAUCUUUUCUUCUUCAUCUUUCUCUGAUUCUCUCUUCUGUGUCAUCAAAGUAAACACCCUAGACGCCCCAAAAACGCAAUACCAAACGGCGCGCAGAUGGACCCAGCAACGGAAGAAACACCGGACAUGGCUAAAUCCGAGAAUCUCGGACUGUUUCUGAGGAUUCGGCCACUUCUGCAGAGUGGCGUCAGGGGAGAUCGGAACCCGAGAUUCCGAAGGAAGUCGGCGUUUGAACCUUGGUUUCAGAAGAUGUGCCUGAGGGUUAAAACUUCCCGGUCGGUGACGCUAUCACCACCGCUGGCCUUGGAACGGGGCCGCACCAAGACAGAGGUAUAUGACGGCUUUUCACAAGUCUUCUCCCCUGAUUCCUCUCAGGAGGAGGUGUAUGAGAAGAUGAUGAGCCCACUGGUGGAGGAUUUUUUGAAGGGCAAAAGUGGGAUGCUUGCUGCAUUCGGGCCUAGUGGCUCUGGAAAGACUCAUACGAUUUUUGGGUGCAACAGGCAGCCCGGUAUGAUGCCGCUCGCACUUCAACAGAUUUUCAAGGAGACUUCUGAUUCUACAAGGUCAUUGUUCAUAUCAAUCUUUGAAAUAAGAUGUGAGGGAGGCAAGGAGGAGAGGGUAUUUGAUUUAUCCCCCAACGGAGUUGAUUUAACCAUGCAUCGAUCAACACUUAAAGGCCUACAUGAGGUCGUAAUUUCUGAUUGGAGACAUGGAGAGUUUGUAAUUUCUCAGGCACUACUCAGGCGUGCUACUAGUCCAACAAAUGCUAAUAGCCAAUCAAGCCGGUCGCAAUGUGUUAUUAACCUCCGUAUUGUUGAUGACAAGUCUAAUGGAGAGGUUAAUGAUCAAGCAAAUGAUGGUGUUCUUAUUAUUGUUGAUCUUGCUGGGGCUGAAAGAGAAAAAAGAACUGGGAAUCAGGGAGUAAGAUUGCUUGAAAGUAACUUCAUCAACAAAACAUCAAUGGUCUUUUGCUUGUGCUUGAGAUCUUUAUUGGAGCAUCAGAAGAAUCCAAUGAAGCCAUUGGAGAAGCACUUCCAGGACUCUUUGUUGACCAAGUACCUGAGAGAUUACAUGGAAGGCAAGAAAAGGAUGGCGUUGAUCUUAACAGUGAAAGCAGGCGGAGAAGAUUAUCACAAUACGUCUUGCCUGCUAAAACAAGCCUCACCGUAUAUGGAGAUCAAGUUUAAUAAUGAACCAUCAAAGAGAAGGCUUUCUCCAAGCUUUGCUUUGAAGGGGUAUAAAGAAAAACUCGAGCCGCUGCCCUGCAUCAAAUUGGUACCAGAGCAUAGGUUAAUCCUUGCUCCACACCAUGGUUGGACGUGCUAGAGGUCGUGGAUGAGGAAACCAAGCCCAACAAAAAGAGAUGGUAGAUAUGUGGCAAAUGAUCGAAGAUUUGUUGAGAGCGGUGCAAGCCCUCCAAUGACAGGAACACGCGGAUGCCUGAUGCCUAUGUGGACAUUUCGGAACGCAACUGCAAACCCUUAAGACAUACCGGAAGGUGGUCUUAAGGAUGACUUGAAGAAGAUGCAAACCCCUUUCAUGAAGCUGGAAACCAUGUUUUGAAGGAUCUCAAGUCAAUGAUUGAGAUUGGCUGAUGAUCAGGUGGCAGAACAUGAAAUCCAGCACCUCAGAGAAAGCAACCUUGAGCUUGAAAAGGAGCUGAAGGAUCUCAAGUCACUGAUUGAGGUGCAGAGGUUGGCUGAUGAUCAGGUGGCAGAACAUGAAAUCCAGCACCUCAGAGAAAGCAACCUUGAGCUUGAAAAGGAGCUGAAGGAUCUCAAGUCACUGAUUGAGGUACAUAGGUUGGAUGAUGAUCAGGUGGCACAAGAAAUCCAGCGCCUCAGAGAAAGCAACCUUGAGCUUGAAAAGGAGCUGAAGUAUCUCAAGUCACUGAU